AUGCCUUCCGUCAAGAACCCCAACGGCCCCUCCAAGAACCGCCUGGCCAACAGGGCCCUCGUCGCCAAGAUGGAGCGCAAGAAGAAAUCGGAGGCGAACCGGCACAAGAUCGCAAAGACGGAUGCCAUGCGCGGCGCGCGGCCCGGUCUGGCCCCCACGAGUGGUCCCAACGCGCCCUUGAGCAAGAAGAAGGCCAAGAAGCUCGAGAAGAAGAUGGCCCACGCCCUGAGGAGGAAGAUGGCCGCCGAGGGCGAGGUUGUCAUGAAGGAUGUUGAAGAGGCCGAGGAGAGAAAGCCCGAGGAGGGCGAUAUGGAGACGGAAAAGAUUGAAUAG